AUGCUGGCUAUGAGGGAUUGGGAGACUUACUGGCAGCAGCUGUGGAAAAGGACUCCGAUGCCAUGGGAGGCGGCGACUGGGAAGAUGGUCGUGAACAUGGGGGUGGCCGCUCUGGGAGUUAUGAACCCGUUUGCCGGUGUGGUCGCUGGUGUGGCUGCCGGAUUCCUCUUCACGGCAAUGGGCUGGGAGGAAGAGCAACCCUCCACAGAGGAGGUUGUAAGCGACAUGCUCCAAGAGUUUGCACAGGAGAUGCGGGAGGAGGUUCAAAACAUGAUCGCCCAACAAAGCGUGAGCGAGAGGAUGAUACACAUCAGGAACCAAAUGAAGUCAACGAUUUCAGACCACGCGCACAACAGCCCCUACCUUGCCAGGCCAUCACAAAAAGACCGGGACAAAUACCACACCUGGUUGUUCGGGCAGCUCACCAGGCUCUAUCAUUUAGCUAUCACGGCCCUGGGAGACUGCCACGUCAACACACUGGAUUCUCCAAACCCGACCUGUAAUGACUGGCUUCACUGGGGAGGCCCAGAAAUCUCCAUCAAGUACAUGAGCAUGCACUGGGCCUUUGUAGCCGAGUACGUGCGCCACUUCCCCGAUGAUGCCGCGAUGCAAGUGCCCAGGGGCAUGCACUACUACAGGGAGAAUCACGUGCUGAAGAUGGUUCAAGCUUACAAGCAACGGCGCGAUCGCUUCGAGGAGACCCCGGCAGGCUAUCAUAACCGCCGCCGGGCCGUAUGCAGGGUCACCUUCUUUGACCAUUGGGCAGGUGAAGAAUGGAAAGUUGAGGAGGAGUGCUGCGGCGGUAGCAAUGUCCCCAGACGAGGUUGGGUGGAAAGUGAGGAAAUUCCCGGAGGCUGCGACAGCCCCGAUGCCAUUAAAUCGAGGCCAUCGUACACUUGGCGGAAGCAGCAGUUUAACAAUCUGAAGUACAGCGUGCAGGCGAAGCUGGCCAAGCUAGAGCAGCAGGCGACGCUGGCCUACCGCAGGCAAUAUGUGGACUGCCGCUUCAACGGAGCAAAGCCCAUCAUCCACUACGUCUCCACCUGCACUGAGUGCGGCGGCUCUUGGUGCAAUUCCGCAGACUUCAGGGAGGACAAUGCCUGCGUUGAGCGCAAGUUUACCGUUGGCAGCGCUCUCAGCGCCUGGGGUUGCAGCAGGCUCGCUAAGAGGCUCUCUGACAACGCACAAGUUGCAAAUGACAUCGUCAGAGACUCUUAUAGCGGCAAGAUUUAUGUGACGGAAAAGUGUCACCGAAGUAAGGGUCUCAUCCACCCGGUCACGGACUGCACUCAGUGUGGCCCAGACUGGUGCGCUCAAUCGGCCUUUACCUACGAUGCUGUGACGACAGACAUCUUCUGCGACUACCAGGUGGGCGUGCCUUUGAGCGACUACGGCUGUGACCGGCUGCCCAGCUCCCCCACGGUCAUGCACGUCUCACAGGAGGCUGGUGGUCCUGGAGGUGUCUAUGUGCUUUCAAGCAGCUCCUCGAGUGUUGAUUCGCAGAUUGGCGCGUGCAUGCAGAAAUGCAAGUCCUUGGGCUACUGCUGCAACGAGCUAUCUCAUGACGUUCCGAAGGGCAGCUUUGGAUAUUUCUCUUGUGCUCAAGCUUGCGCCAUGCGUGCUCGCGGUGCGACGGAAGCCACAUGCCAUGAGAGGUGUGAGCUCCGACCUCCUUCAUGGCCAUAUAACUGCACCUAUGACUUGGACGGGACUUCCUAUCCCGUGUGUUGGAGCUGUGGAGACAAGACAAGUGACCCGAAGUGCAACUUUGGCGUCGCCGAUGCAACGGCGUGCCAGGCUGGCUGUGCGAUGGAUCCGAUCAGCCUA